AUGACACGCCAAUUAGGUUUUCCAACUUUCUUCAUUACACUGUCGAGUGCAGAUCUACGUUGGAAAGAAUUUAUUGAUACAUUUGUACGUCAUAGUGAAUUUGCAAUUAAGGAAUCAUAUGCAUUUGAACAAAAAGCAAAACUAUUACGAGCAAAUCCUGUUCUAGCUGCUCGUUUAUUUGAAAGACGAUUUACUUCUUUGAUGGAUUUAUUUGUGACAGGUGGAGCAUGCUGUCUAGGAAAUGUAAAAGAUUGGUUUGCUCGUAUAGAACUGCAAUUACGAGGCUCACCAUAUUCACAUAUGCCAACUUGGGUGGAAGGUGCACCUAAAUACUAUGGACCCCAAACAGAUGAAAAAACUCGUGAAGAAAUCGUUAAAUUUUGUGACAAAUAUAUUACGACACGAUUUUCUCCGUUGGAUGAAGAUGCCGAAUUACAUAAUAUUAUCAAAAAAGUACAAACUCAUUCUCGUAAUCAUUCAAAAUCUUGUUUAAAAUAUCAUAAAACUUUGUGUCGAUUUGGAUUUCCGCGGCCUGUUGCUCGACGGACUUUUAUAUGUGAGCCAAUAAAAGUUGAUAAUGAUGAUGAAAAACAACAUAGUAAAAAAGUGAAAGAAAUUUUAGCUAAAAGGAAUACAACGAUGAAUACUUUGGGAAAAGAAAAAAUGUUAUUACGGUCGGAUUUUUAUAAUCUUCUAACAAAAUAUAACUGGACCUAUGACGAGUAUGAAAGUGCUCUUCGAUUAGUUUAUACUAGAACAAUAAUAAUUCACAAAAGAGAACCUAAUGCACGAUGGGUUAAUCAAUAUAAUGAAGAAUUAUUGUGA